AUGGAUAUUUUAAUUGGAAACAAUGUUUUUUGGAAUUUAAUUUCGGUAGGUCAAGUCAAAUUAAACGAGGAAGGUUUACUUUUGCAAAAAACUAGGUUAGGUUGGGUAUUAGCCGGUCCGAUGCCAAAUUCCUAUCUUGGUCCGAAAACUAACGUGGUUCAGUGUAACUUAAUUCAAAACUUGGGAGUCGAAAAACAGUUUGCCAAAUUUUGGGAGUUAGAAGAACAUUUCAACAAUAAAGUAAAAUCAAAUGAAGAAAAGUUUUGUGAAUCACACUUCUCUCACAUGGUCAAAAGAGAUGCAAAUUGUAGAUUUAUUGUGACAAUACCCUUCAAAGGCGAUCUUAGUCAGUUAGGGGAUUCAAAGGAAAUAGCAGAGCGUCGGCUUUUAAAUAUAGAAAGAAAAUUGCAAGGAAAUCCUCAACUAAAAAGUGAAUAUUUGAAAUUUUUGACCGAAUACAGUGAUUUAUAG